CCGCCACGCCUGGUUUCAUUUCGGGAAGUUUUUUUUUCAAGUUGUAUUCGGCUAAAUGCAGCUUUGCGUGUAAGCCGUAAAAGUAAUUUUCUAUUUCGUGUUCGAGACCUUUGGAGUCGAAUUGUUCCAAAUCCUUAACUUUCUGGAACAAGGGAGGAAAAAUUGGAAAAACUUCAUUUGCAUCAUGUGAAGAAUGCCGCGGAGAGGCAAGGUGACUGUUAAGAGAAGAGAAGACGAUUGCUAACUACAGGACAGUCGCUCGCGAGAUGCCGAUACAAUAAUAGUAGCGCAAAACUUUCUAAAAUGAAUUAUUUAACGUGCGUUUUACACACUGUGAUAUUAGUUUUAGGAUAUUUUCUUAUUACAGACGGUUUUGAGCAAAAAUCCAGCGUGAAAAAAGCUCGAGCGUCGGCCCCACCACCUGACGAACCUUCAAACAACGUCGGGAGUGAAUACGACGAAAGAAACAACGCACUUGAUACAAAAUACGUCCCUCCGGGCUUCGUCAGCCCUUCAGUACUCGAAUAUUUGGAACUAGGAAAAUCAAUUCCUGGACGUCCCGGAACAGACUAUCCGAUCUUAGGAAUGGUUCCUUACACAAAUUUCUAUUGCGACGAACAACCAUAUCCCGGAUUUUACGCUGAUGAAGAGACGAGAUGUCAAACAUGGCAUUAUUGUGACAUCGAUGGUAGACAAACGACAUUCUUGUGUCCCAAUGGUACCCAAUUUAGUCAAUUAGUGUUCGUUUGUGAUUGGUGGUUUAACGUACGAUGUGACUUAAGCUCAAAAUUGUAUGUCAUCAAUAGCAGGUUGUAUGGACGGCCGAAAUUAGACCCGACACGGCCACAUCGAACCAUCACGAAGCAAUUAUUAGAAGAAAUUUUUAACGACGAAUAAACUGUGAUGGUUUUAAAUUUGUAUACUGAAUCGAUAAGUCAUUAAAAUGUUUCCCUAGUGUAACAAUAUACAAACAAUUAAAUAUAAUAAGACGUAUUUUUUGUAUAAAAUGUAGAUAGUUUGUUAUUUAAAUUUAGCAAUAAAUGUUUAAAUAUUUGAAAAA